AUGUUGAGUGUUGAUACAUUCAGUUUAUCAUCAAAUAAUACUAGUGAUGAUAAAAAUUCUAAUGGAUGCAUAACAAAUAAUGGCCGUAAUAUAUCAUCUGAUUUUAUUAAUAAACGUUCACAUAUCAAUUGUAUUGCUACUGAUACAGAUGAACCUGACAGUAAAGUUAAAAAAUCUGAAAGUGAAUGGAAUCUUCAUUUCAAAGGAGACGAAGAAAACACUAAUAUAAGUAGUAUAUGUGUAUGUGUUAACACACAUAUGUGUCUCUUCGACUUGUAUUUUACUUGA